CCACAGAAUAACAGCUGUUCAAGGAUGUUUGACAAGAAAACAAGCAAGCCAUUAUAAACAUUUCAUAUUGGCAGAAAUCUUAAAAAGAAGCAGUCAAUAGAAGAAAAACUAUUUUAGAGCUAGCAGCAAUGGAGACUAUAAUGCACUUUGUUUCGGAGGCCUACAAUACCAUGCUCACGCGGGAGCUCUUCAUCAACGAAUGGGCCCAAGAACGUUUGAGUUUUGGAAAGCCCCUUUGGAGUUUUUUUAGCGUUCAAUUGGCACCAAACAACAUGUACAACUUCUUCAUCCCCCUGAGUGGCAUCUUCAGUCAGGAAAUCCUUUUGCAUCUCCUCUCGGCGAUUACCCUGAUCAGCACACUGAACUCCUUCGAAAAGUGGAUAUGCCCGGAAACGCGUCCUUUGUGGUUUCUGCGAGAGCAGUUUGCCAAUAAGAAAGUGACGAAGAAUCCGAAGGUGGCCUUGGAAAGUCACCAGCUGAGCUGCGAGACGACCGGUGGCCUGCCCUGCGCCCACUCGAUGACCUUCACCGUGUUCGUGCUCAUCCUGGCCUCGUUCUUCUUUGUUCGCUGCUGGGAUCGCUUCGUGUCCUGGCGCUCGCCCUUCUGCCGCUGCAUAAUGUAUAUGCUGAUCAUGGGAACAGUGGUCUGCAUGUGGCUGAGUCGUCUCUACCUGGCCACCGAGUUCCUGCACCAGUGCAUCCUGGGCAGCUACUUUGGGAUCAGGGCACUCAACACCUUCGAGGGAAAUGUGAGGUACUUGUUCUCCCGCACGCGUGGCCAUGCGGUCUCAGUGGUUUGCUUCUUGGGAGGAUUGGCGCUGUCGGUGUACUUUAUAAAGCUGCAACUCAAUGUGGAUCCCCAUUGGUCUGUGCGCGAGGCUUUUAAGUGGUGUCCAGAGCCCGCAUAUCUGCGUCAUGAAGCUUGUCCAAUUUUCGCACUUGCCAGGGAUCUGGGAAACCUAAUGGGACUGGCUCUGGCUUCGCCGAUAUAUAAGCUGGAAGUAAAGCAAUCAUCAUUUUGGCGGCGAUGCCGAUUCCUGGGAAUUCUAGAGUUUGUCAACUAUGGAAUGCGCCUGUCCACGGUGAAGCAGUCUGGUCGCUUUGCUUUCUUGGCCUAUGAGUUCACCAGAAAUGCCGUGCAUGCCCUACUACUGAUAAAGUACCUUCCAACAUUUUACUAGAAUAUAGGCUUUUUUCCAAUUUUGUACAGAUAAAGACUAAGGAAAGCGGGGUCACAGGAUAUUAAACUACUGGGGCAAGAG